AUGGAGAAAAUAGGUCUUGAUAAAUCCGCUCUACAGGCAGUGGAUGACUACUGGGAGUACAGAGGGAUCGUGGGUGAUGAUGAUGGAGGAAAACUGUUCACGCCAGAGGAAUAUGAGGAGUACAAGAGGAAGAUGCUCCCUCAACGAGUGAAAAACAGGCUCUAUGUCAGCUUUGGGGUUCCAGGAGGUAUCGACUGCAAACUCAUUGGUCCUGAGACGCAGUGCUUCUGUACACAUAGGUACAAGCAACACAAGACCGACUUUGAAGUGGUUCCCUCUGAGCGGCCCCUGGCCCUACCGUGCCAGGUCAGAGGGUGUCAUUGUUCUGCUUACCAGUAUGUUCCCCAGAUUGGGCCAAACCCUGUCCGAUGCAGGUGUAAACACUUUACCCAGGAUCACAGUGAAGCUACUGGCCACUUGUGCAAAAAAUGCAGUUCCUGUUCUGGGUUCAAGAGCCCCUACACCUGUGGGUGUGGUCAGCCCAGCUCUGCCCAUCAGACGCUGGUUGAGACAAAACUGGAGAGGGAGGCCCGUGGUCAGCCAACAGGCAGAGAUGUCCCUUAUGCUGCCAUGGGGGUGACGGGGUUCAGCUCCUUAUUGGAUGGUUAUCUCACUUUGGAAGCCAGCGACUCAGAUCAAGACAGAGAGGGUGGCUGCCAGCAGAGUUGCUCUGCAUCAAGGAUUAAAUUAACGCCUACUAAAGCAUCAAUAUCUGUUCACCGUAAGAGAGAGACCAACAAACAGUGAAAAUGAACAUCCAUCUCAGAGUCCAUCUGUCAAACCGGCCAUUAACUGCUGUGCAAUAUUUACCAUAACAAAUAAAUCAUACACGUCUUCUGAUCGUUAACAUUGCAUCUUGUCCAGAGCUUAAAAAAACAUUUGGAUUGUUUCACAGCUUAAGUAUUUUCUUUUUCAGUGAAGUGUCUGUCUUUGUUAGUGUCGUGACUAAGGGGUAUAACCAACUGUCAGCAACAGUAGUGAUUAAAUCCCACCUCACAACUAAACAAUUCACUGACAAUAUAUUGAUCCAAUCAGAGCAUUUAGAGCAUUACAAUGGUGAUGCAAAUUUCCAAGUUUUUUUUAAAACAUCACACUUUGACAAAGCCUGAUUACAUUUGAAUACAUUCUCAAAAUGAAACUAUUGUUGAUUUAUCACAUUUGUAGUAAAUUGAAGUAAAGCAUGGUUAAGAGAUUUUGAGUAUUUUGGCUGUCUUGUGAGCUGCAGAAAAUUUGUAUAGAUAUAUGUCUACGUUAGAAAAAACUGAAUAAGAAAAAACAAUAAGAUGUGAGAUUGAGAAUAUGAAAUCCUAACAGUUUUAGAAUGGAUAAAUGUAUAAAUGUAUUGAAUUAAAAGGU